UUGCCCAAGACAUCGACAAGAUCCAUCAUGCAGUGGUUUAGCAAGAAGCGCGCCGAGCCGCAGUGCCAUUGCCGCCAAGUACUCGCAUCGAUGACGUCGCCGUCACCGCCCGACGCCUGCAUCCCGAUCACGCACAAGUGGAUCGACCGCCAGCAGAAGCAGAAGCACAGCGCGGUCGUCGGCGGGCGCAAGGUGCCGUUCUUGCCCGAGGACAUUGGCUUUUGGAAGCUGGAUCGGCGCGAGACCAACAACGUGCUCUGCCCGAUUGACGAAGACGACUGCGUACGCUGCGACGGCUGCGAAGAAGCCAUGUUCUUCAGCCUCCGCGCCAAGCGCGUCUGCGUUGCGCUUACUCGUGUGCACCGCCGGCACAGAAAGGUCGCGCCACAGACCGCGCUCGUUGCAUGA